AUGGAACUCCCACCAUCUUCCCAGAUCCACCUGGUCCUUCAUGUUUCUCAGCUAAAAGCAUAUCACGGUAACAAUCCCUCUUCCCACUUUCGCCAUAUACCAUCGGACAUGGAAGUCUUAUAUGCGUUUGAAGAACAAACUCAUAAGACUCAGAUCGUUUCAGAUAAUCAUCACACAAAAGACAUGCAAUCAAGAUAUUUAUAUGUUGAAGGCGAGGAAACAAUUUUAGAUCCUUUGGAAGGAGAACGAGUUCUGGAUAACAGUAUUAAAGUCUUGAAACUCGCUGAUAUUUCUGAAGGCGGAAACAGAACUGGGUUUAGAAGUCAAGAGAGAAGUGUGUUUGGAGGAAAGGAGAAACACAUGUUUACAAGUACAGAGAGAAGUAUGUUUAAAAGUGGAGAGCAAAGUCUUUGUACUUCUAACCUCACGAACAGUCCCCAAGAUAAUAACAUGUUAUGUCCAAAGGUUUUUUCUCUCUCUCCAUUACAGCCGCUAAAAACAUUGGAUUCCCUGAUCGAUUCAUCUUAUACCGUUGAUCAUCUACCCGUUGCAACAUUGAAAACAUGGAAAAGUCAUUUACAGUCUGUUUCACAAGGCCUUACGCGUCCCUUUGAGUUGUCCAACAAACACACUUUUUCUACGCCAGCUGUUCCGCAUGCUUCUACUUUGAGAUCCCAAACAACACGCCUCCCCAGCUGUUUCGCAUGUCCGUUUUAA